GACGGAGAAUUCUAGAUUCUGAAACCCUAAUCCCCAAAUUCCACUCAGAGACGAUCCGGUCAGGUUUUACAGUUGACUCAACCAAUCAAUAGUAAACUCAAUGGCUUGGAGAAGAAGUUGCCGACUACACUCCCUUACCCAUAAGAACCUCCUUCCAUCUUCUUCAAUUCUCACCUCCAUCUCCAAAAAUGGCCGCUAUCGACCUUCUCCCCAGAGAAUAUGGCUAUGUCGUCCUUGUUCUUGUCCUCUACUCCUUUUUCAAUUUCUGGAUGGCCGGUCAGGUCGGCCGCGCUCGGAAGAAGUAUAAGGUCUUUUACCCCAAUCUCUACGCUCUGGAAUCCGAGAACAAGGAUGCUAAGAUCUUCAACUGUAUCCAGAGAGGGCACCAGAAUUCGCUGGAAAUGAUGCCUCUGUUCUUCAUGCUUAUGAUUUUGGGAGGAAUUAGGCAUCCUUGCAUUAGCGCUUCGUUGGGGGUUCUCUAUGUCGUGGCUCGGUUCUUCUACUUCAGAGGUUACGCCACUGGCGUGCCUGAAAAGCGUCUCACCAUCGGGAAAUAUUUUUUCUUGGCGUUGCUUGGUCUGAUGAUUUGCACAAUCUCGUUUGCUGUGACGCUUCUUCGUGCUUAAGGUCUGGUCUUCUAGCUUUGCUUUGCGUGAUGUUGUAGUGUUCUUCAUCUUCCUCGCCCUCUUGGCCUUGGAUCUGCUACUUCUGAUUUUGGGUUUGAUGAAAUUGAAUAAUGAAAUUGACUGGUUUGUGAUCAAGUGUUUUUUUCUUAAUCAUCUUCUUAUAUUAUGUGGGAUUAGAUUUAGAACCAUAGAAUCAUUAUACCAAUUGAUGAGUUAAAA